CUGAAGUGUGUGUGCACAUGAAAGUGUGCUUUUGUCUAUACUCAUGAUCUGUUUACUUUGUUUCUAGGGCUCAUUACAAUAAAAGAAGCCCAUGAUAUAGAAGCCAGACUUAAUGAAGUGGAAAAGCUUCUGAAGACUAUAAUAAACAUGCCCUGGAAGUAUUCACGAUCUGAAGUUGUCCUCACAUUCUUUGAGAGAUCUCCUUUGGACCAAGUUCUAAAAAAUGACAAUGUCCAUAAAAUUCAGCCAAGCUUUCAAAGUCCAGUUAAAAUAUCAGAAAUCAUGAGAUCAAAUGGAUUUUGUUUAGCCAACACUGAAACGAUAGUCAUUGACCACAGUAUACCCAAUGGAAAAGAGAAGCACCUGGAUGUAGAUUCAGCAGAACACCUGUUCGAAAGUGUUAGUGACUUUACCUCAGAGCUAGAAGACAGUGAUGAUCCAACAGCUUAUGUAACCAAUUUGACAUACUACCACCUGGUCCCAUUUGAAACUGAUAUUCUGGACUGAGGAUGCAGUCAGCCAGCAUCCAGCCAACCUCUUUGUCCAUAGGCUCUGCUGUCUCCGGCGUUGCGUAUCUGUGAAGAAGGUUGCACAGGCAAGACCAAAAUCAAAGAAGUUGCAGCAAGUACGCCACAAAGCUGGCCAUUCAUUCUGUGUUGUGGAGACAUCUUGUAAGGAGGUUAACUGCUUCGCUGUUGACAACAAACUCGUUUUCCAUGAAAGCAAGGCAGCAGAGGCCUCCUGGUGCUCAAGGAAAUCUCUGCUACUCUGACAUGGCCAUCAGAAGCUUUUGCUGUCAGCCGUGCUCCUUGGCUUGCAGUGCAAGUUGAGGCUUCCUCUUUUAGGAUACCACCAGAGACUUCCCCAGAUGGCGUGACCACACUUUUUAUGCUAUUGUAAGCAAGAAGACGAGCAAACCAGCUGAAUUUUGUCAGUUCCCUCUGCGGUUGCUUAAUGGAGGUCUUGCAGGUCACUUUUUACUCAGCUACCAGAUGACUGGUGCCUUACACGAGAUGUCAGAAAUACCAUUGAGUGCCUCCAGGAAUCAGAACACAUGAGCUGACCGCUUUACUUCUUUUAAUCAUGGGGUUUUAUAUAAUCACUGAAGAGGCAACUACUCUUUCGUGGAACAGUAAAGCAGACAGCAGCUGGCAUUGCAAUGGACUGUGCAUGACAUUUGGGUACCCAUAUGAUUUCAAAGAUCUGGAAAGCUGAUGGGAAAGCUGAGCUGCCCUGCUAAGAAGGGUCAAGGCUAUGGCAGGCACUUGGAUAUGAUUUUUUUUCACGUGGACCAGCAAAUGUGAAUGGUGCUUACAGUUGUUUACAUCAGAAAGAUAAUUCCCUAUGCAAAUUUCUCCCCAGGGAGAUAGGGAGGAAGACAAUGAGAUUUAUGUUGUGUUUGGACUGAAGAAGAAUGAUAAGCUACAGUGUGUCUACACUCCACUGCCAGCCUGACUCAAGGAAUCUGUCUCGCUUCCCGAGAUCCAGCCUGCGGGGCUUGGUGCAGACUUUGUUGUCUAUGCUAUGGAUUUCAGUGGAGGUAGGACAGUGGGAGCAAGAGUGCGAUUGGACCCUGCAGCCUCUUGACUACUGAGUAGUGCAACAUUAAAAUCUCCUCAGGGUCUCUCUCUUGCAGAGCGCUCCCAAAUCCCGGCUGUCACUGUGCGUGCUCAGCACUUGCCAAUGUGACCUUUCAUUGAGCCUUUUGCGAUCUGUUUGCAAACAUGAAUUUGAAGGGAUCGAAAUGGGAGGGAAUGCAUUUUGGACAUGUUUCUUGGCAAAGGGGCUUGCUUCGUCCUGAAGAAGUUGAUACAACUCCCUUCUGCAGACUUUUAAUUUCUAUCUAUAGAAUAACAGUCAAAUGGAAUUUGCUAAUGUAAAUAAUAAAUUAUUGAGAAUCCUAAUUCUUUUACACAGUAUGUUUUUAAAAUAUAUUUUAAUGAAAUAAAAUAUAACUCACCUUCAGUACAC